UCCCUCUCCGUCCACGCGGGGGGUAACCCCCCCAAAAAAGUAUCACGCGACGUGGACGACUACUGCUGUCAGUGCGUCAUGUCAGCGCUACUCAGGCCACAGACGAGGACGAGAUAGGCAGCUGAAGGAUCGCCCGCCGUCCAAAAGGCCAGCACAGUGCAGGAGAAAUGGAAGGAUGGCUGAACCAGAUGGGGAUGAUCCGGAUAGCGGUCCUUUCAAGCUUUGCUGCACAUCUUGUUCUCAUCCUCCUUGCUGGGAUUCGUCGGCGUACAGCCUCCGGUGGGCGGAUGCUCCUUCUGUGGCUGGCGUACCAGCUGGCCAACUGGGCCGCGGCGUAUGCCCUUGGUAACCUGUCCUUCGGCAGCAGGUUGCAGGAGCAGCCGCAGCUGGUCGCGUUCUGGGCGCCAUUCCUCUUGCAGCAUCUCGGCGGCCCGGACAACAUUAGCGCCUACUCCCUGGAGGACAAUGUGCUGUCAGGGCGGCAAGCACUCAAUGCCUUUGUGCAGGUCGGGGGAGCCAUUUAUGUCGUGUACAAGCACAUAUACCUUGGCGGUGGCGACAGAGCUUUGCUUCGGGCAUCCAUCAUCAUUCUCACCGUCGGUGUUGCCAAGUAUGUGGAGAGGGUGUUCGCACUACGGCGAGGCAACUUGGGCAACAUCCGGAGCUCAAACAAGAAGAAGAAACUAAGCAGAUUCACUGAUGUCUCGGGCUCCAGAAAGGGAACUGUGCUGGACAAUGAGCAAGCCCUGAUGGUUGCCCACAACAUGUUCCCGUUCUGCCAGCGUGCAAUGACUGAUUCUUCUGUCAACAUGGAUUCACCUGACCUUGAUGCAAGCAGAGAAAUGUUCUCUUUUGGGUGGGAGAGUAUGUGCAAGGUGGUGGAGAUGGAGCUUUCUCUCAUGUACGACAUCCUCUACACCAAGGCAGCCAUGGUCCACACCUGGGGCGGCUACUUGAUCCGUUUUCUUUCGCCAAUCGCCACCGUCACGGCAUUUGUUCUGUUUCUGUUCUACAGCAAAGACGGCCAGAGGAGAGAAGAUCUGGUCAUCACCUACACCUUGCUGGUAGCUACCUUCAUCCUGGACGUGAGAUGGCUGUUUGGGGCAGUUGGGUCUACCUGGAUGCACAUGUUCCUGCAGGCUCGGCCACGGUGCUGGCUUCACCACAAUGUUUUGUGCUCUGGGUCUGGGAUAUGGCGUCGCCUCCGCCGUGUCAUCGUGUCUCUGCGCCGUGGCCGGCUAGCCCUUCUCAUGGCGCUGAGCAGCUACAGAAUGUGGUCGGGCACCAUUGGGCAGUACAGCCUGCUGCACGAGUGCACCCGUACCUGUGACACGACAACUCUGUGCGGGAGAGCAGCCAAGAAAAUUGGAUUGGAAGAGGGUUGGAACGAACACCGGCACUCUGAGUCUGAAGGUCUUAAGCUUUCAGAAGAUGUCAAGAGGUUGGUGUUCGAACGUGUACGGACGAUACUCAAAUCAACAUAUGAGGUCGACAAGGAUGAGGAGGCUGCAUAUUCCAUGAAUGACGUUACGACAUUCUGGGGUCAGGUGGCAGCCAAGAUGUGUCGGAGGAAACUGCGGAGAUUCCGGCUGGCAUUUGGCCGUGAGUUCCAGGAGGACAUCCUUGUGUGGCACAUCGCCACGCAAGUUUUCCUCACGAGUGAUGAUGGCAAGUUGUAUGCAGAGACAAAGCAUGCCAAGGCGAUCAAGGCGCUGUCAGAGUACCUCAUGUUCCUCGUUGCCGUGCGCCGUCACAUGCUACCGGGCCUUGUUCUCCGCAGCCUGUACGAAGUAACCAAGGAGUCCUUGCAGGAUGUAUGGCGUGAUGAGGUUGGGACCAGUUCCAUUCAAGGUUCCGGUUCGACGGUGAGCGGCAGAGAAGAGAAGCUUGCCAGAAUCCUCCGUGACAAGAAGGACGCAGACAGUGAGUGGGGUCUUGAGCAUGAUAAAACUCGUCUGGUCUCUGACGGAGCUAAUAUUGCCAUGGUGCUGCUCAGCGCCGAUGAGUCAGAGAUGCCGGAACUGCUGGAACUCGUCUUUAACGUGUGGGUGGACAAGCUGCUGUAUGCGGGCACCCGAUGCAGCCGGGAAUCCCAUGCUAGGCAGCUCAGCCGUGGCGGUGAGCUCACGACCAUCGUGUGGAUUCUGGCAGAACAUGUUGGCCCAUUUCAGAUCGGCCAACACGGCCCAGAUAAUAAAAAACAGGAACCUUGUCCGCCACCGCCGCCGCCACUGCCGCCGCCACCCAUUUAUACGCAGGAGAGACCGCCGUGGUGGAGCAUAGUGAUUCCGCCACCGCCACCGCCGAUGGUCGAACAACCCAAAAAGGAGGAACCUCGUCCACCGCCGACGCCGCGUCCGGUCCCAUUUCCGCUGCCGAUGGACAUUGAAACCCCCCCAAAAGAGGAGCCUUGUCCGCCACGGCCGCAUCGUGAGAGGAGUAGAAGGUAUGCUACGCUAUAUCCGGUGGACUGAUUGCUCUCUAUCAUUUGGCGACCAUUGAUUUGGUAUCCACUGGGCAUGGGCAUGAUAAAGUUCUCUCAUCAUCGUUAACUACAGAAAGGGAUAUAUUCCAAAUUUACAAUCAGCUAGUAAAUAGAGUCUUAAGGUUCUAAAGACACAGUUUGCUAUGAUCUGUCAGUCAUACAUACAAGCCGCCUCCCGAUUUCCUUUAUGCUUAUAUAAAGUCCACCUUGAGCUAAAGAAAAAAGGCCAUGGCUGUGUAUUCUAUUCAAGUUCUUAAUAAUAACCGAAAAUAGAUUUUAUACUCCCCCCGAUCCAUAUUACUUGUCGCAGCUUAGUACAAUUUUGAAGUUGUACUAAAGUAUCGGAGAGUUAUAUUAAAGCUGCAACAAGUAAUAUGGAUCAGAGGGAGCAGCAGAUUUUAGGAGCCAUGAUGCUUCCAGAGCAAGGGAAAAAGAGAAAACUCACCCCGCCCGAGCGGCGCACGGCGUCGUGCUCAGUCGAGGACCCCAAGCCAAGACAGGUAACAGCCCAUGAUAAGAUCUCUCUGAAGUUUGUUUUCUUUGGUGAUAAAACAAAACCUUAUGCUGGCCAGGAUGAAAACUGAACGACGGGUGUUUAGAGCCAUCAGAACAACGUGCAUUUUAGUACAUCACACAGAAAACAUCUUGCAUUCCUUUGUAGUGCUGUUUUAAGAAGCUGUGCAUCUCUCGGGCAUGACAUUUACUAGGUACCACAACUUCGUCAUCAACAUUGCAUACAAUUCCUUUGCUUACCAGAAGUUGAAUCCUUUUUCCCAUAUACCUUGGUAUUAUUAUAAAUGUUAGAGAAACUGCUGAGUUAUAACUGCACAAACUCCUUUUGCCAUUCCUCCUCACAAACUCGUUUUCUCUUUGUUUGAUGCACUUGUUUGUAAUUGUAUGUGUGCAUGUUGUUAUGCAGAGGCGGGUUUUGUACUCGUGGCUGUAUUAUCUUGAUGUGAUGAGUUAGUCAAUCUUUUUCCUUUUAUCGAAAAACUGUAUUCAACAUAGCAGUAUAGCAUUGAUCUCGUAUGGAAAAAUAGUGCAUGUGCAACUUGUCAGUCAGCACUUGUUAAUGUUGUUUCCUUUUUUUUAGAAAAGGAGGUUGAAACCCCGGGCUCUGCAUCAAUCGUUGCAUGCAGCCAUCUUUAUUAAUUAUUCCACAAUGGUCUGACAAGAACAUACAUCAAAUCAUCCGAAGCCAU